CGACCGGCUCGGGAUCAGCUACUCGUGGCCCGUCGCGCGGACCGGUGUCGUCGCUUCCAUCGGCUCCGGCUCCGCCCCCGUUUUCUCUCUCAGAGCCGACAUGGACGCCCUUCCUUUGCAGUGAUAUAUGGCUUCCAAAAUUUUUUUCAUCACCGAUUUACUAAAUCAAGAUAGGCUUGAUGGAAUGAAUUAUGAUAUGUGGUAUAGAAAAAUUUAAUAUCUCCUUAAUGCGAAAGAGGUACUUGGUCAUUUAACCAACAGCAUGUUUCGGCCUGAAGAAGGCACGACGGCUCAGCACCGUUGUGAUUUGCAAGCCUAUAAUGAGUGGUUUGGGAAAGAUCGAAGUGCAUGCUAUACGAUGUUGAGCUGUAUGCACGAUGACUUGAUUAAGGAAUUUGAGAAUUAUGAGACUGCUAAGAGCAUGUAGGAGCAACUCAAAGUAAAAUAUGGUAGCACAUCAACAACGAGGCUUCGUGCCUUGAAUCUCAAAUUCAAUCAAUCAAUAUAUGUUGGACCCGAAGCAUUCUACAGCAGAGCACUUAAGGGUGAUGUCUGCUGUGAUAAGAGAACUUAAAGCAGCCGGUUGCGAGCUCAAUGAUGAACAACAGGUUCAGUCAGUUAUAAGGUUAUUACCAGAGUCAUAUUGGAAUCAAGCUCAAUGAUGAACAACAGGUUCAGUCAGUUAUAAGGUUAUUACUAGAGUCAUAUUGGAAUCAAGUCAAGGUUGUGCUAACUCAAUGAGAGUAUUAAGACCUUUGACGAUAUAGCUCGACAUCUUGAGUUGGAAGCGGAGCGCAGAGAGGCGAAUCCUACUAAUGCACUCGUUGCCCACGGUGGACAGCGCAGAUGCAAGUGGCCUAAGCGUAAACACCGAAAUAGAGAAAGUAAAUAUGGAAGACUGGGAAUCGCGCAGAAUGAGGGCAGAAUAGAUAAGCGCCGCAAAGGUAGGCACGGAAAGAAAAACUUAAAUAAAGUGAAAUGCUAUAACUGUGGAAACAUGGGACACUUCGCUCGUGAUUGUACUGAGCCGAACAAGACACGGGAACAACAAAGCAUGUAACGAGAAAUCGAGCAGGAUAUGUGGAUUAUCGUCGGGUGUCUGCUGGCAACCAUUAUGUCAUGAUGGGAAAUGACACUGAGGAAGAAGUCCUUAGUAUUGGUGCAUACCAACUUAGAUUGCGUAAUGGUUCUUAUUUAAUAUUACAUGAUGUGCUGCAUGCACCGAAUAUCCGAUGUAAUCUAGGGAAAGGUGAAAAGAACCCCAAUCGGGAUCAGUUUUAGCGUUACUUAGAUUAGGUUUUUCUUUUCAAUUUACGAAUACUAAUUAGCUAUUUAUUUGGGUAAGGACUUUUAUGGUAAUGGUUGUUUAAAGAAUGAUUUUUUGUCUUAGAUUUGGACUUGGAAUUUAUUAAUAACAAUAAUAAUUCUGCUUUAUUAGUUUCUUCUAAUAUUGUGUUUAAUUCUAUCAAAUGACAUGCGAGAUUGGGUCAUAUUGGAUAAGAAAGAAUGGCUAGACUAGCUAGAGAAGACUUGUUGGGGUCACUCGAUAAGCUUAGCCUACUUCCUUGUGAACCAUGUUUGGUAGGAAAAGCCUAUAGAAAGCCUUUUGGUAAGGCACGUAGGGCAACUCAUCAAUUGGAGCUAGUUCAUUCAGAGGUCAUGGCGCGUCCUAUUUUCUCACUUUCAUCGAUGACUACUCCCGUUAUAGUUCGGUAUAUUUGUUGUCUCACUGUUCAGAAGGUUUGGAUUAUUUUAAAUGCUUCUUAGUGGUGGCUGAGAACCAAACAUAAAGACUAAAAGUUCUACGUACUAAUAGAAGACGAGAGUAUUUAUCAGACCAGUUCAAGAAACUAUGUGAGAAAAAAGGGAUACGCAGACAAUUAACUAUUCCCGGCACUCCGUAACAAAAUGGUGUUGUAGAGCAGAGGAAUAGGACACUUUUGGAUAUGGUUAGGUCAAUGAUGGUGCAAGCCAAUCUCCUAAUUAGUUUUUAGGGUGAUGCACUGUUGAUUGCUGCCUAUAUACUUAACCGAGUGCCCUUUAAGUCAGUUCCUUCAACUCUUUAUGAGUUAUGGCAUAGUGUAAAGCCAAAUUUGGAAGGCUUACGCCUAUGGGGGAUUGGCAGGAUAUGUGCACAAUACUUUUCAUAAAUAUGGAAAGUUAGGUCCUAGAGCAAAUAAACAAAAUUUUAUUCGAUAUUUUGAUUGCUCGAAAGGCUAUGUGAUGUAUGGCAAGCAUCCUGAUGGAGGAAUGACUGAGAUAGAGCAGUGAUUUAAAAGGCGCGCCUCGGGCGCGCGCCUAGGCUCUAGGCGAGAUCGCUCGCGCCUAGGCAGCUCCUAGGUGGGCGACCUUGCCCAGGCGCGCGCCUCUUGCGCCCAGGCGCUUGCCUUUGCUAAGGCGCAAGGCGCGCCCGAUGCUAAAAAAAAAAAACUGAUGUGUUGGACUUUGGAUCCAACAUCCAAUAACCCGUUAAGUAUUUUCACUCUCUCUCCUUCUCGCUGGGUCUCCACGGCUCCACAGCCUCCGCGGCUUCGGUGCGGUGCUCCGCUCGAGCAACCAUCCGCCAUCUCCUUCUUUCUCGGAGAGUCUCCACGGCUUCGAUGCUCUGCUUGACGGCUCGAGCAAGCAACCAAGCGUCACCUCUCUCUCUUUCUCGCUCGGUUCAACACUUCAACCUAUCGCGCACCUAGGCGAGAUUUCUUUUCCAUAUUUGUGGAGUGCCAACUUGCUGUUGAAUUUCUUGAAUGGAUUCGGAAGCAUCCAAAAGAGACCCUGCAUGGAAGUAUGUACAUUUAGUAGAUCAAAAAAAUAAAAAUGAUCUUGCAUGUAAUUUUUGUCAAAAAGUAACAAAAGGAGGAAUUUACCGAGCAAAACAGCAUAUUGUUGGAGGCUUUCGAAAUGCAAAAGCGUGCUCCAGAUGUCCACCACAUGUGAGGGAGGAAAUCAAAGACUUUAUGAUUAAAAAAAUAUCAGAGAAGGAGCAAAGUGAUUUCAUACCUGACUUUGAAGAUAUAGAUAACUUAAAUGACAAUGAUGAGGAAAAUGAUGUUGAGGAAUUGAACUCUGAAGGAAAAAGAAUGCAAAGCAAAAGUAGCGGCUGUAGCGUUGGUAGUAGUAAAAGUGCAAAAAAAAAACUAAGACAAAAGGGACCAUUGGAUUUGUAUUUCAAUUCUAAUGCAGAGAAGGUAGUUCAAAAUAAAAAGGAUGGAAAAAUGAAGCAAACUACUAUCAACGAAGUUUGUAGGAAGGAGUUGAGAGAAAAAGCUUGUAGAGAUCUAGCAAAAUGGUUUUAUGAUGCUGGAGUACCUUUCAAUGCUGCUACUUAUGAUAGCUUUACUGUGGCAAUCGAGUCCAUUGGACGAUUCGGCACUGGCAUGAAACCACCUUCUAUGUAUGAAUUACGGGUUCCUUUUCUUCAAAAAGAGAUUCAAGAAACGAAGAAUUCACUGAAAGGCCAUAUGGAGGAAUGGGUAAAGACUGGAUGUACUAUAAUGUGUGAUGGAUGGAAGGACAGGAGAGAAAGGACUCUUAUAAACUUUCUUGCAAAUUCUCCGAUGGGCACUGUGUUCAUUGAAUCUAUUGAUGCCUCCAAUUACACGAAAACUGGCGAAGAGAUGUUUAAGUUAUUGGAUAGUAUGGUAGAGCGUAUCGGGGAGGUCAAUGUCAUUCAAAUUGUGACCGAUAGUGCAUCAAAUAAUGUCUUAGCCGGAAAAUUGUUGGAAGCAAAGCGACCACAUUUGUAUUGGUCACCUUGUGCCGCCCAUUGCAUUGAUUUAAUACUUGAGGACAUUGGAAAAAUGCCCGAGGUGCAUAGAACAUUGAAAAGGGCAACGACAUUGAAUAGUUAUAUUUAUACCCGCACCGGCGUAGUCAACAUGAUGAGACGUUUCACAGGCCAAAGAGAGUUGCUUAGACCUGGCAUUACAAGAUUCGCAACGGCCUUUCUUACCCUUCAACGGCUACAUAAGCAAAAGAGCAACUUGAGAAAAAUGUUCACAUCGGAUGAUUGGACCAAGAGUAAAUGGGCAAAGGAACAAGCGGGCAAAGGGGCAGCUAGCAUUGUAAUGAUGCCUACAUUUUGGACUAGUGUUAUUUUUAUUCUUAAAAUUUUUGGCCCUCUCGUUCGUGUACUUCGGCUUGUUGAUGGUGAGAAAAGGCCGGCAAUGGGUUACAUUUAUGAGGCAAUGGAUAGAGCAAAAGAAGCAAUUGCAAGGUCUUUUAAAGAGAGAGAGGAGAAAUAUAGUGAUAUAUUCAAUAUUAUUGAUAAAAGAUGGGAAUGCCAACUUCAUCGCCCUUUACAUGCUGCUGGCCAUUUCUUGAAUCCUGAAUUCUUUUAUUCAAAUUCAGAAAUCCUUAGAGAUGAAGAGAUUAUGGCGGGUUUAUAUGAAGCUUUGCAAAAAUUGAUUCCAAGUGCUCAAGAACAAGAUAAAAUAUGCGAUCAACUAAGUGUGUAUCGUGAAGCACGUGGACUUUUUGGGACUAAUAUGGCAAUUCGACAAAGGAAUACAAAGUCACCAGGUAUACCUUAUCUAGCAAAAUUUAUACCGUAUGCAUUUUAAACUUUUAGUAGUUAUUUCUUAUAAGUUGUAAGUAGAUAAGAAAAAAAAUGAAGUCAUUUAUAUACAUUUUUAUUAAUAGAAUAUCUGAAUGAACAGGGGAGUGGUGGAAAUUGUUUGGAUCAUCAACACCAGACUUGCAAAAAUUUGCAAUUAGAGUUCUUAGUCUCACUUGUAGUGCUUCCGGUUGUGAGCGAAAUUGGAGUGUUUUUGAACAUGUAAGUUGCAAGAUCAAAUCAUCUUAUUUAAUACUUAAAACUUUAUAUUUUCUUUAUUUCAAUAAGGUUGUUUGUUUAUUUUGCAGCUUCAUAGCAAGAAAAGAAAUAGGCUCACACAAAAAUGCUUAAAUGAUUUGGUGUAUGUAAGGUAUAAUAGAGCAUUGAAGCGGCGGUAUAAAUUGCGUGACACCAUCGACCCUAUCUCAAUGAGUGAAAUUGAUGAUAGCAAUGAAUGGUUGAUUGGAAAAAUGGAUGAAGACAAUGAUAAUGAGGGGAAAGAUGAUGAUCAUGUUUGGGAAGAUGACACUUUGACAUGGAAUAUUGUGGCAAAAGCAGCAGGAGUGGAUGAACCUUCACACCGUACUAGAUCACUCAGUUCCACAGCUUCCACCAAGUGCACUGGUAAAGGAAAGGCAAAAGCUUCAUCUUCUCACACUCGGAAUGUUACUACCUUCAUAGAUGAUGAAGAGCCUGAUUUUGAUGAUGCUCUCGAAACAGAAGAUGAAGAAGAAGAGGAAGACAUUGGAAAUGACAAAUCUGACGAAGAAGAAGAGUAUUCUUCGUCAAGUGGUGGACAUGAUGAUUGAUGAAUUAAGACUAAUUAAUAUUUUUAGUGUGGCUGUGUGGCCCAUUUUGGCUCGAUUGACCUUGAAUACUUAGUUUCUAUAUGAUGCCUUUUUUAUGUUCUUUGGCUUAAAACUUAAGUUUUUAACUUUUUAUGCAUGCUACAUUGCUACUUGCCUACUUUUUGAUGAUCUUAUGCUUAUAAUUGGUAUGUUUUUGACGUACUAUUAGUUUGUGCAUUACUAGUUAGCUUUAUACUCGCCUUUAUUUAGAGAUGAAAAGGUAUGUUGUUCUCUACUUUAGUUCUUUUUGCAUGUGUUAUUUUGUUUUUAGCAUUAUUAUAAUCAUAUAUCUGUUGUUUAGUUUCUUUUUUUACAUUAUUUUUUUUUUCCGAUGAUGUGAUUAAAUGGUUAUUCAUAAAAUAUCUAUUGUGUAAUAUGAUUUUUAAAGAGUAUUCAUUGCCCUUUAAUAAUUGUUAAAAAGUAUAUUUGUUUAUUUCAAGUGUGCGCCUCACCUCUCUCAGGCGCGCGCCUGCUCCUUGCGCCUAGGCUCUAACAGCCUUUUGCGCCUUGGUGCGCCUUGGGCUUUUUAAAACACUGAGAUAGAGUCCCGCGAUGUGGAUUUUCUUGAGCAUGAUUUUCUAGACAUUGGUGAGAUUAAAAAGGAUCUGUACUAUACGAGUUGCAAGAACCUAACAGGGUUGCUCAAUUGUUAGGCGAGAAUGCGGCACUGAGGCCGCAUAAAGCUAUAGUCCAAAACAGUAGGAGUGAUCCUAUGGUCAGUGGGAGUGUGCCAAAUGACCAUGGCUCACAAAGUCCAUCAUUAUGAAGAAAUAAACGUGGAGGUGGUUCCCGUCGUCGAUUUGAAAUUGAAGGGGAAUCGUUUAUGUGCGCUUCUAGAUGUUGAUAAGCCAGCUUUUUAUGAAGAAGCUAUGAGUUCACCAAUUUGUGAUAAAUGGCUAGCUGCUACGGAGGAUGAGAUGAGUUCUAUGGCUAAGAACAAUACGUGGGAGUUAGUUGAUCUUCCGCCUGGACGUAAAACUAUUGGAAAUAAAUAGAUUUUUAAAAUAAAACGGAAGACAGAUGAAUCAAUUGACAAAUUUAAGGCCCGACUAGUGGCGAAAGGAUACACCCAAAAAGAGGGAGUAAACUAUGAAGAGACAUUCUCCCCAGUGGUGAGGUUUGUCUUAAUUCGCCUGAUUCUAGCUAUUGUUGCACAUUUACAUUUGAAAUUGUUCCAUAUGGAUGUGAAGACUGCAUUUCUGAAUGGAGAACUAAACGAGGAGAUUUGUAUGAAUCAUCCUCUUGGUUUCAUAGCCGAAGGACAAGAGCGCAAAGUGUGUCGCUUAAAACAUUCUAUUUACGGCUUGAAACAAUCGUCUAGGCAAUGGUACCAACGUUUUCAUAGAGCAAUUAUUUCAAUAGGCUUUGUGAUGAUCGAAGAAGACCAUUGUGUGUAUGUUAAAAGGGAAGAAAAAACUUUUCUUAUCCUUUCACUAUAUGUGGACGAUAUCUUGUUAGCCGAAAAUAAUAUGGAGUUAAUUAUUACCACACAGAAGUGCUUGUCCUCUACUUUUGAGAUCAAGGACAUAGGACAAGCAGAUUAUGUACUGGGAGUCAAGAUCCAUAGGGAUCGAUUUUGAAAAUUUUAAGUUUGUCUCAAGAGACUUAUAUCAAAAAAAUUUUAAAGCGAUUCUGAAUGCAUAAUUCGAAACCUAUUGACACUCCAAUGGAAAAGGGUCAUUAUCUUAACCUUGAACAAUGCCCUAAAACAGAAGAAGAGAGAAAGCAGAUGGAAAAAGUCCUAUAUACGAGUGCAGUCGGCAGCUUGAUGUAUGCAAUGAUGUGUAUUCGGCCGGACAUAUGUUUUGUUGUUGGCAUGGUUAGUCAAUAUCAGAGUAAUUCUGGUGCGGCACAUUGGUAGACAGUUAAAAGGAUUUUCAGAUAUCUGCGAGGUACUGCGAACCUUGCUCUAUGCUAUCAUGGAGGAGAGCUUAGAUUGAUAGGAUACACCGAUGCUGGUGGAUCCACAGAUAGAGAUGAACGUAAAUCUACCUCGGGAUAUGCGUUUGUACUUGGAGGAGCUGCUAUUUCAUAGUGUAGCAAGAAACAAACAUCUGUCUCCUUGUCGACUAUGGAGUUGGAGUACAUUGCAUGUACAACAACAGUAUAAGAGGCUGUUUGGUUAAGGAGAUUUAUGAUAAAUUUGAAUGUAACAACACGUGCAGAUGAUGCUGUUAUUAUCUAUUGUGACAACAAAGCGGCAAUAACUUAUUAUGCCAAGGAUCCAAAGUAUCAUGAAAGAUUUAAACACAUUGAGACCAGAUAUCACUUCAUUAGAGAUAUAGUUGCAUAGGGUCAGAUUGUAAUUAAAUUUACAUUUACUAAUGACAUGAUAGCAGAUCUUUUUACCAAACCCCUUAUUAGAGAUGUUUUUCAUAGAUAUGUAAGAGGAUUGGGUUUGUGUAGGAUUUGAUCCUUAUAUUUGUUGUAUUAAUAUUUUGCUAAUAAAUAUAUUUGUCAUCAUUCUUUAUUCAUUUUUUUUGAAUUUUAAAUUAGUGCACAAUAUCCUUAUGAGAAUGAAUUUCACCAGGCCCUCGAUCAACCCUCUCACACAGGUGAUAGCCCUAUUGCUAGGAAAGUGAGCAGAAUGAGACAAAUAAGAUCACAUAAAUGCAGUUAGUAAUGCAGGUGAUCCACUCUACGCUAAAAAAGCUGGAAGCGUUUAAAUCUUGAAUGUCGCCUUAAAAGAGCUAAGAUGAGACUAUAUAAAGUCGACAGUAGAGAUGGUCCACGACUCUACUUGGCUUGUAUGAAGCCGAAUAUAAAGAAGACACCAUGUGGGUAGUCCUGUCUUGAGGUUUGUUGUUUUGAGUUGCAACAGAACCGACAUUCAUAUGGUGUUUUGAGCGUGACAUGUCCUUAGAGGUAGCUCCACCAUUGCAUAAGUUCAUACCAUAUGUGCAAGAUCGAUCACUAUUUUAGAGAGUAACGAAAUUGAUCCCCGUUUCGUCGCUGUGUGAGCUUUGCGUACCCUUUGGGACUAAGAACCAUGUCAUGAAGUGGAUACUUGGUGAUGCUACUUUAGCAUGAUAUCCCAGGGCCAUGAUUGAUUCGGUCUAGCGGAACAUGUCUAAGAAAGCAGUCAAGUUGAAAUGGAUUGCUAUGAGGCAUCUAAGAAAAAAUCAUUUGACAAUACACUUAUAAUUUGUGACUCAUAGCCCGGGCGAUUAUGUGUUGAAAUUUGUUGUCAAUAUAAUCAUGAGAACAAAUGCAUUGAUGAGAAAAAUCUAGCUUGCUCUAUAGGAUCAGAGAUGCUAUGAUCUGGUGUAGUUAAGUGAUUUGGGGUAUAGACGAGAUCUGGAGUUGUAGUGUUAUGUUAGUUAGAUGGUUGCUUAAUAUAACACUCAUCACUUUUGAUUCUUCUCGUUAUUGAUCGCACCAACCAUUUUCCGUAUAAAGAGCAAAAAGAGAUGAUAAUAUAUUUGGGAUGAGAAAAUAUAAAUAAGUACCAAGUGUGUACGAGUGGGAGAUGUUGGAAUUCGUCCACAUUAGAAUUUAUCUAAAAUAUUCCUAAUCCAUAUGGGAUAAGGAAUAAAUAUUGGUAAUUAUCUGAAAUAUUCCUAAUCUACAGGGGAUAAGGAAUAAAUUUAGAAAAUGGAUCGUAAUCUGUUUAAUCUUUAUCUAUGUGAGACUCAAUCAGAAAGGAUUAGGAUUAACGUCUUCCUUGUGGCCUAUAAAUACAUGAGGUAUUGGCCACAUACAAGAUGCAAGAAAAAUUAAUUUAAUCUCUCCACAAAAUUCUCUCUCUUGGGUUCACUCUAGGGCACCAUCAGAAACCCUAGGGGUUUGGGCGGUGUGCGGCUAUCGACUUUAGUAGCCGGAUUGCAACGAGAAAGAAUAAUAUGCGAGACAAAUUGUUGGCGGAUUAAUGAGUUCGUAAAACAAGACGAUAUCAUAUCCUGAUAAUUGCAACAUAAAUUCAGCUAUAAAGA